GUACGCUUAUCCAAAAAACCAAAUGCCAGUGGGAGAUAUGGCUCUCCUUCUCUUUACCGGCAAUCCCGCCAGUACUCCCCUUUUCUCUCUUUCAUCUUCAUCGAUUCGUUCUGCAAUUACUGCCCACCCACUUUGCAGAUCAUGCAACAAUUUGGUUUGCCUAAAGCCAAAAUCCAAUGUUGGGUACAGAACUCUAACUUCAUUUAUUCUCAAAGAGAGAGGUGUAUUGAUUGUUAAAGCAUCUUCCGAUGUUGAUGGUGUAGGCUCCAAUGAUCCGGAGUCUCCUGCCUCUCCAUCGGAAAGUAAUGAGGAAAAUGUGCCCAUAGAAAACCUUCCUCUGGAAUCCAAGUUACAGCUAAAGCUUGAGCAGAAGAUGAGAAUGAAGGCAGCAAAGAAGAUUAGGCUAAGGAGAAAGAGGCUUGUUAGGAAGCGCCACCUAAGGAAGAAGGGACGAUGGCCUCCUUCAAAGUUGAAGAAGAACAAGAAUGUGUAAACUUUAUCUUGCAGGUUUUUAUAGUGACUUGUUUCCUUACUAUGCCAUUGCAAUUAAUCUUUUGUGAUUUCAAAUUCUCAUUUUUGUUUAAUGUAGUUAAGUUUAAAAAUUCA